UUUGUAUUGAUUUGAGACUGUAAGUAGUAUUAUUUGUAUAAUUUUAUUGUAUAAAUAUUUUAUAUUGUGUAGAUUUUAAGUGUUUUCAAGCAUAUUUUUAAAGAUGUCACUAUUAAAAUGUAACCAUUUAAAAAAGUUACAUCUUCAAGUAUUUUUAAGAAGAAAUAAUGCAAGUGAUGUUACAAAAACAGCGGUAAUACCCAGGGGCAGUCUUGGUCAAGCUAUUAACCCCCAAACAACCCCCUUUGUAAACCCAGUCUCCCCCACCACAACAAGAGUUAUACCCCCUCUAUCGACGGAAAUACACAAACCCAUAAACGUAUCGUCGUUUGAUGAUGUACCAGGACCAGUUUCUUUAAACUUUUUAUCAAAAAUAUGGAAUGUAAUUCCUGUUAUAGGCACUGAAAUUACUUCUAGGAUGAUACAGUACAUGCUGAGCGCCGGAAAGCUAUUUGGAAGUCAGUUGAGCUGGGGAAGUACCUGGUGGCAGCAUUUAUUCGGCAAGUUUUUCACUGUCUAUGGACCGGUGGUGCGCCUCAGGGGUCCGUUCGGCGGCGACGUGGUCCUCAUAAGCAGGCCCGAACAUGCCAAAAUAUUAUUCAACAGCGAGGUAGCCUAUCCUGUACGCGCAAGCCUGGAUUCCGUCGAAAAAUACUGCAUGAAUCAUAGGAAGUAUAAGCAACCAGGACUGUUUUUGAUGAGUGGCCUGGAAUGGGACAAGCUGCGCAAAACCAUAGAAGCUCCUUUGAAGUCCAUAGCGUUCAAUCAAAUAACAACUCUAGACAAAAUCAGCGAUGAAUUCAUCACGCGCAUCAUUCAAAUACGCAACGCGCAGGAAGAAAUGCCUUCAUCGUUCAAAGACGAAAUCUACAAGUGGACUUUGGAAUGUCUGUGUUCAGUAACCCUCAACAAGCGUCUGGGAUUUCUGGAUCCAUCCGGGCUCAGCACAUCUUCCGAUCCUUUGAGGUUACUGGAGAGUCUUAAAGGGGCUACAGAGGCAGUCCAGAAAUGCGAGAUUGGUUUCCACAUGUGGAAAUUCGUGGAGACGCCAUCUUGGAAGAGUUUGGUGCGAAAUUGCGACAACAUUGACACCGUCAUGCACAAAUACGUGCAGCAAGCUCACGAUUCGCUGCGUGCUCAGAAAGACGGCGCGAAGGUCGAGAAAACGUCACUAAUUGAGUGCUUGUUGUUGAGGGAAAACAUGUAUCCUGAGGAUGUUAUGACGGUACUGCUUGAUUUGAUGUUAGUUGGGGUUAAUGCCACCGUGCACACGGUGGCAUUCAUGUUCUACCACUUGGCUAAGUCUCCUAGAUGUCAGCAGAAAUUGUACGAGGAGAUUUGCGAGAAAAAAACACUAACCAAAGACGACGUCAAGAAUAUGCCUUACAUGCAGGCUUGUAUUAAAGAGGUUUUACGGCUUAAACCGGCCAUACCUUUUUUGACGAGGAUUACAAACAACGAUAUGGUGGUUCAUAACUAUUCCAUACCCAAAGGUACGCAUGUUAUGGUGGCGACAAGGAUUUCCAGUGUAAGAGACGAGCAUUUCGAGGAUUCACACAAAUUUAUGCCCGAGAGAUGGUUGCACCCUGAGUUGGGUUUAAUUAACAAAGAUUUAAAGGAUUUUGCUUUCAUGCCUUACGGUUUUGGAGCAAGAGGUUGCAUUGCCAAGGAGUUGGCUGAAAUGCAGAUAACUAUUUUGUUGUCCAAGGUUCUGAAGAAGUUUAGGAUCGAAUACUUCUACGCGGAUAUUCUGAGUACCCAGAGAUUAUUCUCCAUGCCUGAUAAGCCCCUUAAGUUUAGAUUUGUUGAACGUAUUUAAUUUUUAUAGUACCUA